AUGCAGUCAUUCAAGCGAUCAUAUCAGAGAUUGCCGUUUAAGACACCACUCGUUAGUGGACAUCAGAUAUUGCCCAACAAAUGGUUGAUCUCAAGACCCAUUUGCCGCCAAUCGGUGGUCCGAGUGGUAGCCGACAGCCACCGGAAGUGUUGGAAGCGUUUUGCGAGCCAUCAACAGCUGAACACAAACCACAGACUUUAUCCAUCGGUUUUGAUCCAAAGACCGGAUACCAAGAGAAUGGUAUUCAUUGAUAAUGAGAAUCAGUUCGCCUUCAAAGUCAUCGAAUCGCUUAUAAGCGAAGAAUCGGUUGAUAUGAGUGAAGACGUGGUGACUAAUGAAUCCGUUGAUCGUAUUAUCGAUAAGUUUAUAGCCAUUCCUCCCGAAGAAUUCAGAGACAAUCCCAUUGUUAUCAACGAUUUGGUGCGAGCGUUGAAGUCAUUGAGUUUAAGACAAUUGCUGUCUGUCUUGGAAUCGGUGACCAAAUGGCCGAUUCUUGAGCUCCCAUUUGAUCCGUUAUUCUAUAAAGUGUGGUCUAAUAUAGACCACGAAUUAGCUGAUAGGCUGACAGCGGAUCAGCAGUUGAAUGGCAACAAAGAUGUGGAGAAAUACCUGUUGUUUGGAAACAUGUUUUACAGACUGAAGACCGCAAACAUCGCUAAAUUCAACGACACUUUAGUCAAGCGCUUGAGUUCUCCUGACUUCGAGUUGAAUAAGACAUCGAUUCUUCACCUCUUGUUUUACGCCAAUCUUCACCGAACUGUUGACCCGAAAGCCACUAAAUAUAUAAUGAGACGAAUGGAGGCACUCGUGAAUGACAUGGAUUUGCAUGAAUUGGGAGUGUUUUGUAUGACUUGUUUCAAGACGAACAUCAAACUCACGGAUCAGUUGUUGACCACAAUUAUCGGCAAAUCCAUUAGCGGUGUCUCCGAUGAGACCAAUAAUAUCACGCGAACGGCGAUCACGAAAUGCAUCCGACAUUCAUAUCACUUCCACUUUGAGCCACAAUUCCGUCAAUAUAUCGAUAAAUUGAAACAAUUGUCCACUAAUUCCGCGAUGACUUCCACUCAUUUGCUGAAUCUUAAACACACGGCACAUAUCUGUGAUAAGGAGCUCAUGGAUCAAACAUUUGACAAACUUUAUACCAAUCUGCGGGCUUUCCGUCUCAAAGACAUUGAACGCAUAUUCUUGUGUUUAUCUAAUUUUUACCACGAAUUAGAUCCCAAGAAAGUGGAGUCUAUUUGCGAUGAGUUGCACACGAAUGCAGACUACUUUCAAUCGUAUCAAUACCCGGUUUGUUUGCUCAAUAUAUUGCAUUAUUUAGCGGUUUUGCAAUUCUACCCAAAGUUAUUACUUCGGCACUGCUUUGAAACCAGUUUUUUGACCAAAAUUAUGAAAUAUUCACGUAUUGACUUUCAACGACAUUUGCUGACAACAAAUACGGCGCUAUCCAUAGAAAGGUACGAAGAAUUUGGUGACAUUCUGGUGGACCCGGAAAGGGUGUAUCGCUAUCACCGCUGGAUUCUCACUGAGGAGAAGCAGUCCAUCCCCUACAUCACCAAAAGGCAUCACUUGUUGAACAUUAUCUACAUGUCUCUGAAGUCAGGUCUACAACAUAGGGUGCAAUUGUGCCAUAUAUUUCCCUUCAGAAGCUAUCCAUUUGUGGUGAUUUGGGCGCCAAAUAGCAAACACUUUUCGUUGACUCCCACCACAGAAUUGAAACAAAAUAUGUUUAACGAUUGCAUAGCUAUUAAUGUGUUGGAAAUCAAUGACUACGCUAUUGUAGACAAACAAAUCAAAGGAUCCGUAAAACUAGAGAAUAGAUUACUUGAAAGACUCGGCUUUAAGGUAGUGGUGAUGCCGUGGCACCACUUGACUGGCUAUAGGUCUAUGAGAGCUAAAUAUAAUGCCAUUAUUAAAGAGGUGACUAGACUUGACCCGAGUUUUGGUUAA